AGGUGAACCUGUUUCAAACAGAUGAAACACAGCAAACACAUGCCUGACAAAAUGAUCCGAAUCUUUUUUUGUCUCGUUUGUGGUGCUUUAGCAGCAGCUCGGGAGUCCAACCAGAUCCUCCAUCCUGCAGCCAACAGGUUUGGAAACCACAGUGCAAACCAGCAAGUCCAGAGACCAGCAGCUGUCCAACAGAAGGAACCACCUUUCCUUGAACCAUUGUCUUGGAGAUUUCCAGAGGAACCAACUAAAGAUGAACCUCGUUUCCCUCCAAACUUUGAGUUGAGAACUCCAAUGGCACCUGAAAGCAUCAAAGUCAUCUGUGGGGAAAACUCGAUCAGAGUGGAAGCCAAGAGAGACCUGUUGGGGUCUGGUGUUCUGGUUCAGACUACAGAUGUCACACUGGGAGGAUGUGCUGCUACAGAGGAAGAUCCUAAGGCUCAGAUUCUAAUCUUUGAGUCAGAGCUUCAUGGCUGUGGCAGUCAGUUACUGAUGUCUGAGGAGUCAUUCAUUUAUGUGUUCACACUGCUCUACACGCCCAGCCCUCUGGGGGGCAGUCCCAUCGUCCGAACUAUAGAUGUCUCCGUCAGCAUCGAGUGUCACUACCGGAGGAAGAAUGAUGUGAGCAGUGAUGUGCUGAAGCCAAAUUGGGCUCCUUUCAGUGAGACCAAAGCAUCAGAGGAAAGUCUCUACUUCUCCCUCAGAUUAAUGACUGAUAACUGGCAGUUCCCUCGUUCAAGUACUCAGUUUUUUCUGGGAGACAUGAUGAAGUUUGAAGCUUCAGUUGAACAGUUUCACCACAUCCCUCUCAGAGUAACUGUAGACAGCUGUGUGGCAACUGUGGUCCCAAACGUGGACACUGUCCCUCGAUACGCAUUCUUGGGAAAUAAUGGGUGUAUGUUUGACAGUCAGCUGACAGGCUCCAGCUCUCACUUCCUGCCUCAGUCUCACAAAGACAAACUACAAUUUGAGUUGGAGGCCUUCAGGUUCCAGCACGGAAACAGUGGUGUGAUAUACAUUACCUGCAGCCUGAGGGCCACGGAAGCUGCUGCAAAUGUCAAUGCCACCAACAAAGCCUGUUCAUUCUCCAGUGGGUGGAGGGAGGCCAGUGGUAUCCAUCAUGCCUGCUCCUGCUGUGACACAGACUGCAGGGCAGGCACAAAGAGCAGCCUGACUGUACAGGGUACAAAGUGGGAACAGGAAAUGGCUGUUGGACCAAUCACAGUAAAGGAGAAACCUCUAAGAUGAAAAAGGACUUUAUUCAAUAAUAAAGGUCUUUUACACUAA